CGCGCUCCCGUGUCGCCGCGCUCCCGUGUCGCCGCUGCGGCUGGGAGGCAUUUUAUAAAGCUGCCUACAAGAACACAUGGAAUACACAAUUAAAAGCAGUGCUAGAGCAGUUUGGCCUACUGAGAAAUCAUGGUUCAACUGACAGUGGACCUAAUUGCUAGAAGCAUCAGUCACAAGAAUCGCAGUGAAGAGGACUUUGGGCAGUACCUGCGAAAAAUAACUCAUCUGAAUUUAUCAGCUAAAAAUAUAGAUACAAUUGGUGACCUCUCUUCAUGCAAGAAUCUUAGAGUUCUAUAUUUAUAUGAUAACCAAAUCAGUCAAAUCCAGAACUUGGACUUUGCGUCAAAUAUAACGCACCUUUACCUUCAGAACAAUUGUAUUUCCUGUAUGGAAAAUCUGUCGUCACUGAAAAAACUUGAAAAGCUGUAUCUGGGGGGCAACUACAUCACUGUAGUAGAGGGUCUGGAUAAAAUAGAAGAUAUAAGGGAGCUACAUAUUGAAAGUCAACAUCUCCCCCAUAGUGAAAAGCUUCUGUUUGAUCCAAGAUCUCUUAGGUCCCUGGCAAAAUCUUUGUCUGUGUUGAAUAUCAGCAAUAACAACAUUGAUGAAUUAGACGAACUGGCAGUUUUGGAAAAUCUUUCCUACCUUAGAGCAGUUGACAAUCAACUUCAACAUAUCAAGGAUCUGGAGGUUGUAUUAAAUAAAUGGACAAAGCUGCGCAGAAUGGAACUUGCAGGAAAUCCCAUCUGCAACAAGCCUAAGUACAGGGACAGGAUUGUAGUACAGUCACAAACUUUAGAAUCCCUUGAUGGGAAAGAAAUCAAAGAAAUGGAAAGACAGUUCCUAAUGAAUUGGAAAGCCUCCAAAGCUGCCAGGAAAACAAACAAAGAAAAAAUGACAAAUGAGCAUGCAGCCCAUCUACAUUUAUCUGACUUGGAAACACUUCAUCCUGUUCUUCCCUGUCACUACAGUCACUCUGUGAAAGAAAAAACAGAUUUUUUGGUUUUGUCUGAGAUGCAGAAAGCUGUAAGAAAACCUCUGCCGAGAAUCCUGGGGCAAAAAAUAAGUCAGGCAAAAACUUAGGUUGAGGAGGAACCUGAAGUAAAAGCAGAAGUUGCAUGCUAACACCCAGAAUUUACAGGAUGUGAAGACUUGGCCUGGAUUUUUAUUUUACUGAUUUUUUUCCUCAAAACUUAGAAAGAAAGGUACUGGUAUCUCUA